GAGCACAUCCAGUUCAGAAAACCAUAACUACACUGAAAGACCGGACAAGCUCCAACAUUAAUAUACAAAGUUUUGAUUGCAGCAACAAAGCUGAUAUUUGUAUCCAGGAUGUAGACACAGCCACACAGGAACAGACCAGAUGAAACUAUUAUGAGAAAAAGCAUAGACAGCAUAAUGUUACAGAUUUAACUAACAAAUAUUGCAGAAUAGAGAUAGAAUGAAGCAGAAUGUGGAAAAAAGGGAUCCCCAUGUCCUCCAGUAGUCUAAGCCUAUAGCAGCAUAACUACUUUUAUGUCAGCUUUUGGCUACUCUGAAAAAUAUUUUCUUUUUUUUGCUGGUAAAGCAAUGACAACAGCUCAUCUUUUGUCAACAUCACAAACCUUAAUGGAUUUCCUUUGGAUUUAAUUUGGCAGAUCAACACAAAGUAUUGCAUAAUUAUGAAAAAGAAAGGAAAACAUACAAAUGAAAAAAAGUGUGACCUACAUUUGUAUGUGGGCCCUUUUUCUCUGAAAUAUUCUUUUAUGCAACAAGUUGCCUUCAGGAGUCACAUAAAGCUGCUCUGUGAAGGCCUCAGAGGUCUAUUAGAGAGCAUUAAAUCCACCUCAUUUUAUAGCUCUUCUUUUUGGAAUUGAUUGUGAGGAAUUGCAUUCAAGUCAAUAAGUCGAUGCAAUCAACUGGUUUUCCUUAGAUAGAAAACUUUGAAUCAAUUAAACUGUAUGAUCUGGUGAACUGUAAUGUACCUUGAGACGACGUGUUGUGAAUUGGCGCUAUAUAAAUAAAUUGAAUUGAAUUCAAAUAAUUUAGUCACGCCUUUCUCCACUUUGAAAUGGACGAAUCAAAAGCACUACAACUCUGAGUCAUUUUGCAGGAAACGAAACAAAGCUUGUGUAACAAAGCCCGCCCUUUUUUCCUCCACACAAACAUGGCAGAGCUUCACAUUCCUGUCAGAAUUAAUUACCUCUCCUGUCGGAUCUGCAGGAACCUUCUCAGGAAUCCUGCAACCAUCCCUUGUGGACACAACUUCUGCAUAGGUUGUAUCGAGGGCCACUGGGACGAGGGGCAGAGGGACCUUAGCUGCCCGGAAUGUGGAAAGAUCUUUCCCUCCAGACCCAAUUUGAUCAGGAACACAACUCUGACUGAUGUGCUGAGAGACACAGAGAGGAGUAUGAGCAGGAAAAGAAAAUCGCAAGAAUCAGCUGAGUCCCUGAGAGACCAGAGCACAGCAGACACUUUAGGGAAUGGUUUGUGUUGGCUUCACAAAAUUUCACAGGAUAAUUAUUGCAUCACAGAUGAGAAGAUCAUAUGUGCUCUGUGUGCCUCAGACAAGCACAAUGGACACAUCAUUGGUUUGGUGAAGGAAGAGCGGAGAAGGAAACAGGAGGAGCUGAGGACCAUGCAAACAAGGCUGAGGGAGAGACUUCAGGAGCAGCAGAAGCAGCAGGAGAAUAUGAAGAAGACGUUUGAUCAAAUUGAGAAGGAGGCCAACAAAAUGAUGGAGGACUGUGAAACGAUCAUAGUUAGAGCCAUUGAUCAUCUUCAGAGACAUUGCAUGUCUAUGAGGGAGAUGAUUGAAACUCAAGCAAAGACAGUGGAAGAUCAGAUCGACAUCACGCUUCAAAACCUUGAGACAAAGAUGGAGGAAAUUAAAAAGAUGGAUGCUGAGCUUGAUCGCCUUGCAGAGAGUGAAAACAGCGUACUUUUUCUGCAGGAAUGGAUCAACAUGCAAAGCAUAUGUGAGAAUGACCUUCUUUCCUUCAGCGAGGGAGCAAAGGAUCCACUUUUCUCUUUUAAAGUUACAAAGAGAGCAAUAGAUCAGCUUGGAGAGAAGCUGGGAGACUUCUGUGACCAACAACUUCCCUUAAUCUUUCAAACUUGCACUAAUGAUCAAGAGGAAUCAGUGGAAAAGAGGGAUGCAGAGGAUCAGCAGCAGAAACAUCAAUCUAGUGCUGGUCUCUCUGAAGGCAACAUGGGUAAGAAGAACAUGGAGCCUAAAACCAGAGAAGAUUUUCUACAGUAUGCCUGUGAGCUCUCUCUGGACCCUGCAACGGCUCAUAAGGACCUGAUCAUCUCUGAUGAUGACAAAGAGGUGAAGCUGUCCCCCCAUGGGUGCCAAAUCCCAUCUGCAUGUUUUCCAGAGAGGUUCAACAGUCGACGCCAGGUGCUGUGCAGGGAGGGUCUACAGGCUGAGCGCUGCUACUAUGAGGUGGAGGUCAAGGGAGGCAAGGCAGAGAUCGCUCUUGCUUACAAAGGGUUGGAUAGGAAAAGUAGUACAAAAAAGUCAGCUUUUGGAGCCAACGAAAAGUCCUGGAGUCUAGAUCUCUCUAAGUCCUACUCUGUGAGCCACAAAUCAGAGAGCAUCCUCCUCAAACAAAGGCCCAGCAGUAAAAAAAUAGGUGUUUAUCUAGAAUUUAAGGAGGGAAGUCUGUCUUUCUUUGAGGUGUCGGACAGCAUGACAUUUCUGUACAAACUGGAGGCCAAUUUCACAGAGCCGCUGUAUCCAGGAUUCUGGCUGGAUGAGAAAUGCUGCAUCAGGAUCUGUGAUUUAAAAUGACACAGCUGAUUUUAACAGAGACUGAUCACCUAGGCUAAGUGUGACCUGACCUGUAGCUUCAUGAUAGAUGGUUUUGUUUAUGCUCCCUGAUGACUCUGAGAAAUGGUCUAAUUUAAAGGACCCAAACAAUUAAAAAGAAUAAAGUUAUGUAAACUUGAUUUUUUUUACAUUGUGUUCUUUAAUGCACAGAAUCAAAAGCAUUUUAAAUGAAAAAUGAUUCUGUUCUACUCUGACCGACAGUUGGAAUGAUCUGCAUUUUUUUAUCUUAUCUUGCACCUGUAAUGUCUAAAUGUUGUAUUUUUAUAUUUGAUCUGUUUUGUAAAUGCUAUUGCUUGUUUGCACCUUGUACUUUGUGCUGCUGUUGAACUUGGUCAAAACAAAAACAUGAAAAAAUCCUGAACAAAAUAGAAUAAUGUCACUGACUAUUGUUACUUUCCUUUUUUCUGUAUUUUCUGUAUGUUCUUUGUUCUGUUUUUUUUUUUUUUUAUUCAUUUAUUUGUGUGUUGUUUUCUGGGUGGUUUUGUUUUCCACAGCUAAAGGCCUUGUUAUGGCCAAACCUGUUAAGUCUUUGAGAGAGAGAGAGAAGCAGGAGAAUGACUCUCAAAGGCCGCACUGUUAUCUGAUUGCAUUAAAACAACCUUUUCCUCAGUUGAGCAGAGCAGAGAUGGAAUAUCUACUCUGUCACUUCUUCUAUAAACUAUUCUAGCAAGAAUUAAUAAAGUGCUGGUUGAGUGGAGAUCACUGAGCUCAGUUACAGCUUGUUAAUUGAGUUUAUUUUAUUUUUUCAAAAUGUAAUCUAUUUACAGCAUGAGUAUUUAAAAUCAAUUUCAGGAUAGCAGGAAUUCCAUCUGACCCUCAUGAAACAUCAGGUUGACAAAUCUGAAUAUCUUCCUUCAGUAUAACACCAAAAAAAGAAGUUUUAUUUGGAAAUGUUGAGCAGUUAAAUUAAACUUGAAGCUGUUUUGCACUAUAGAAGCACAUCUAAUUUUAUUGUAGUUUUGUUUAAUAGAACACAGUAAGGUGUGAGGGACUAGCCUCAGUCAUGCAGAAUCAUGCAUUAAAGUAAAGCAGUGAUCCCUAUGACAAAUUUCCUCUGCUAGUGUCACAGGAAAGAAAUGGUUUAAUUAUCAUUUCCAUACUAAUAGAUAUAUUUGAUCACAUUCCUCAUCUGUCCAUUAUUUUUUUUCCAUCAGGGAAUAAGAUUUUGCUUUUUGAGAUGUUUUAGCUCCUCAGUGUUGUAAGACAGGUUUUGUUGUUGCCACUGUUAUGUGCUUUGGGCACAAUUAUUUUAAAGUAAUUUUUCUAUAUAGUUAAACAUUGACUUUUAGUUUAACAACUUUUCAUUUCGUAUGUUUUGGAGUUGCUUUUUUUCCGGGUAAAUUAGUGGCUGUUGGACGGCCUAUAAAGGGGUUGGGUUUUAAUCUUGGAGGCCGUCCUUUACUCACUCAUUCAUCUCCACCAAGGAGAAGGCGCUCCUUUCUCCAGCUGCUGUAGGCCACAGCCACCACCUCCGACCUGCCAUGCGGUAUUUUUGUUAGCCUUUGCUUGGAAGCUGUUUUCGUUUUGAUUUUGGCCUGGUGGGACCGGUUGUCAUGUUUUCGAUUCUUUAUUUUGUA